AGGAGGACCACUUGGACCCUGUCCUUGAACUAUUCACUUGUCACGCGUACUGUGUUACUCUGUAUAUCCAUUGACACCAUACCACGGCCCGUGGCCUCCAAUAUCCUCGCCAAAAAUUUACUGUGCUCAAUCUGGAACGAGCUACGGAUAUAACAACUGGGAUCUGGCGAAACCGUGGUUCACGCUAUCGAUUCCCACGUGCAAAUAGCAACUUGUUCGACCAGAAGCUUCCGGUCCGGACACCUGGGGUCCUUCCUAUGUUCAGGUGCCCCGCAUACGAUAACUGCGUCGGCCUGGCGCUCUUUCAACAACUCAAUCGUGGACACCUUCCGGAGACGCUCGGAUCUCCCGUGAUAUUUGGCGGAACAAUCGCUGACACUAGAGGACUCUUGGAACGAGCAUCUAUGCGUCCAGCAGGUGGGGACGGUGAGAUGCUGGAAUUCACAUCCAAGCUACAGUCUCCUGACUUCAAUGCUAUUGACCCCUCUAUACAUGCACGCACGAAUAUGUUGGGUUGCUGUGGAGUCUCGGCUCGACUCGACUCGAUUCAAGGUGGUGGCGACUCUACAUUCUCCUCGCAAAUUUCUGCUGCCGCCAGACCCUAACAGGAGGCGUAUUGGACCCACGAGUGUAACGGAGCCGAUCCCUCAAACAUGGCGAUAUCGUCUUCUAGCUUUGUCCAACGGCCAUAAUUGCCUGGUCGCUGCUCACGGACUCGGAAC